CAGAGACGACACACGUACACGGAUUCGAGCCUACGGUAAUAAAUAUUGCCACCGGUUUGUAGCAAUAAUUACAAGGGACAGGACGAGCUUGCAGGCCGUGGGAGGAGCGAAGUAUGACGCUGUCGGUUGUUCCCUGCGGCAAACCCCCCCUCCCCUCUCUCUCUCUCUCUCUCUUGCUUGAUCUCCACCUCGGAGGAGACCCAUCACUAUUUGCCCCCGUCUUGAUUUGAUGACCAAGAGGUGCAACGACAGCCUUUUCCCCCACCUUUCCCCUUUCCACGAACAAAAUGGCUGUUAGGACGCCAUAUCCCCACAGCACUUGUUCCCACUCCCUUCUAAUCUCUCUUUUUCUCUCUCUAGCUCUUUUUUGGCCGCUCUAUUGCGCACCCAAAGCAUCCAUCCCAUGGGACGCCAAUUGGUGCUGCUUUUAGUGCUGCACUUGCGUGCUUAGUCCCUCUCGUCUCUCGUCCUUACUUUUCUGAGUGAAGUAAAAGCUGGACUAGUGACCCUUCUCAGAUUUUUACCCAGCUGUGAUCUGUCUUGUUUCCUUUGCUGAAUCUUACCGAUCAGCUUCCUUCUCGGACGGAUGCAUCAAGUAGGAGGUGAAGGGAUCACAGUCGUGUUAUAGGUGUGCAGAGUUUGAGUUUAUGGAGUUUAGGAAUCCUGGUGAGAUUGGGAUACCUGCCUCCUCCUCCUCCUCUUCUGGCUAUAAACCUUCUCUCGUCAGAGGAGGAUCUGCCUUUUCUAAACCCACACUCUUCCCCUCUACCUCUUUUGUCUCCCCAAGAGGAGAAGGAGACGCAGGAGGCGCGGGAGUUGGAAGUGGUGGCGUUGGAAGAGGAGGAGCAAGAAACGGUAACAUCCUCGGUAACACCGAGGCACUACCACCACCGACUCUUGAAUCCACCCCCACAGCCAUAGAUCGUCUUCCUCAGUCUCUUGGGAAGAACGCAGAUCAAGCUGCCAUCUCCAACUCGUCUCCAGGUGCUGCUGGUGUGGGUCUGUUUGCAGACAACUCCAAACCGACAACCAUCGCUAAGACUUCGACCAUCACCGCCGCCACCGGCGCAGCUUAUAUCUCCACCAAGUACAAAGAAUGCCUUCGCAACCACGCGGCCGCCUUAGGCGGCCACGUUGUCGACGGCUGCGGCGAGUUCAUGCCGAGCGGCGACCCCGACACGCCCGAGGCACUGAAAUGCGCAGCCUGCGGCUGCCAUCGAAGCUUCCACAGGAGGGAGACCGACGGCAGCGCCGGCACCGCCAAUUCCUACUACCAUGGCACCACUCGCCUGCCCCUACUGCUCCCGCCUCCCCAUCCCCAAGCGCACCCCUACCACCAGCAGCAGUUCCAGCUCGGCGGCUUCUCCUCGAGUCCGUCGGCGGCCGUGCGGGGGACGUCCGGCUUCGUCCACUUCGGUGGUAGCAACCCCAGCGGGAGCGGAGGCACCACCACGGAGUCGUCGAGCGAAGAAAGGUUAAACACUGCGACGCCGACGCCCACAACCAUACCGAGGAAGCGGUCCCGGACCAAGUUCACCGCGGAGCAGAAGGAGAACAUGUUGGCUUUCGCCGAGAGGGUGGGGUGGAGGUUUCAGCGGCAAGAUGAUGCAAUGGUCGAGCAAUUCUGCGCCGAGAUUGGCGUGAGAAGACAAGUCUUAAAGGUCUGGAUGCACAACAAUAAGCACACAGCAGUUAGAAAGCAGCAGCAGCUGCAGCCGCCACCACCGGAGGAACAACCAGUGCAACAGCCGCAGUCAGCGCAGCGCCUACAGCAGUAGUCAAGAAGGUGAUGCCCUCAGCUCACCUUACUCUGCUCGGGGAGGACUCCUGCAGACGACAUGGCGGAGGAGGGGAAGAAGACGUGUCGGGUUUGAGCUUGCUUUCCUCCUCAUCUCUCUAGGUGUUCUUUGCCGACUCAAGCAUCGAUCUUUAUGUUACCAUCUGCAUUAGUAUGCCACUUGCGAUUAUUCAAGCUGCAGCCAACGUCAAAAUCGUAUCACUCAUUCACAAAAGCUUACAAUUACAAGUCUUGAGAAUGAAACUACUACAAGCUUCUGGAAAAGUGGCCUGCUAUGUGGUCGACUAAAGGACCUUAUGCUGCUCCAUCAAAGACUUCCUUGUUUCUGUUAUCCAUCGGUAUUCUCGUGUUGUCGUUUGUCAACAUUUCCAGCUUCUCGGUUCAGAAAUGACAGCACAUAACACAUGCCGGUCUCCUGCAAAGAGCAGAAAAGUCGACAUAAGAUGAUGGCAUUCCAUGCAUCCUAUGGAUCCAUGAGUUCUAAUACUCUUCCAUGGUCGUCAUUGUCCUCUAA